GUUCCUACAGGUCAAAAUUUACUCAGGAGAUGCAGUUCAAGUGAAGUCAGAAGAUGUCGUCAUAAUGGAACCGACGACCGUCAGCAGCACCGUGGAACCAACCAGUCCAACCACACCUCCAACAUCACACUCAACCAACGUGGGGGAACCAAAAUCUGGACUCAACAUUCCAAUAGCGGCACUGGCGGGGAUAGGCGUGGGUGUUUUUGUGGCUGUCCUGCUUGUAGCUCUACUGGUGAUAUGGAAAGUGAAAAUAAGCAAACGGGAGCCAUUCAGCCGUGGGGGUAAUUUCACCGAUGGAGUCAUGCCAUACUCGGAUGAGACGUCCGAUCCCACCAACAACAUGCUUCACAGCGAGGCAGACAGAGGCGCCGUGCAGGGUGUCUACCCGUCACCUUACGCCAGCUCCCCUUAUCGGAUGGACGGCGGCGCAGGAGAGGAGUUUGGCUGCGGUGAUUCCUGUGUCUGUGACAACGACCUUAGGAUACACAAAGUGGACUUUAGUAAAUUGGACUUGAUUGAUCUCAACCAUGCUGACCUGGGUUCUGUGGCACCUUCGGGAAUCACAGUGUGAGAGAAAUUAAUAACAUCUACAUGUACAUGUAGGUCAGAACAAACAGUGUGGUGGCAAAUAUUACGAAGAUUAUGUUCAUGAUUUAUUUGAGACUGGAAAACAACAUGUUGGAAAUAACCUUGGCAAGUAACUAAAGUCCCUCAUCAGUCUUGGAUGGAACAAAGACUAGCAAGCCUCCUUCAAGUCUUGAUGUGUCAUUCUUUAAAGGAAAAAAAAAGUGAAAAUGUUGUUGAUUUUCAGUUGAAACAAGGUCUUUAGCCACUUCCUGCCGGGGACUCCGGGAUCGGUUGGUUUAUAUUGGUGGCCGGGGUCUCUGAACUCGGACAAAGGAAAG